AUGGAGGCGGGUGACGAAAGUUCAGAAACGAUGCAGCAGCAGCUGAGCGAGUUGCUCGACCUCGUGCGCCGUCAGCAGGUGGAGCUGAAGCGGUAUCAGGCACAGCUCUGGCAACAGCAGCAACUCCAGGAGCAGAUGCUCUACGUCCAGCAACGGCAACACGGGGCUGGCAACGCCCUUGGCCAAGAAUCCUCACUGUCCGGUCUGACAAUGCGACGCCGGGGCUCGCCGUCGUCCUCCUGGCCGCAUCCGGCAGGAAAUUCUCUGCGGCGAACGGGGUCAUCUUCUUCGCUGCAGUCUCACACGCCCUGCAUGUCCACCCCUUUAUGUUUCCCUUCAAAGUUUCAGCUUCCAGCUUUCCUGAGUCAACGCGUUUUCCCCUUCUUCUCUCCACCCGUCGGAGCCGCAGUUCCGCAGCUGUCUGCCCACGCUCGCGAGGAAAAGAAACCGUUUCUUGACGGGGACGGUGUCGGUCAAAGGAAGCUCUCCUCGGCGUCUUCGUCCUCGCUCCUCUCCCCCGCCCCAAGUGUGUGUGGCAGGCGUAUGUCUCAUUCCGUCGCUUCCAAAGCGGCCACGCCGCCCCCGGGGGACCGCAGCCCCCGUAAUUCCCCGAACAGUCCAAGUCAGUUGUUGCUCGUGCUGCGGUGCGUAGGCUCCGCCGUUCGCGACGAAUCGCACGAGCUGAUGGGCUCAGAGAAUGCUGUGCUCCUUCGUCUUCAACAGUACCUUGUAAACAAACUGAGAGGCCACCCUGUGCUUCGAAUGGUCUCUGAACUCGAAGAAAGCAGCCGAGAGUCAAGGAAACCGUUUGGCGCAAGAGUGGCUUCAGCGUUCCCCUUAAGCCGGCUCCUGUUCCCUGGAUCGUCGUCUUGCGAUGGCAGCAAAAGAAAAUUCGUGGUCGUGACCGCGGACACAGAGAAACUGCUUCUAGUUCUCGAGGAAGUGGGCGGCUUGAAGCUCACUGGCGACGGCGUCUUCUUCGCUCCGUAUAGAUCGGCCUGUAGAGCUUUUUUCAAAGGGGGCAGAAAAGAUUCGCGCUUGUUUCUGACUCCAAAUGAAGCGAUCGAGUUGAUGAGAUCCGAGCUUUUCGCCAUGCGAUUUGGCGCCGAUGCUCCUUAUCCGAGCUUGCAAGGCCUGAGCGUGCUGGAGGUUUGUAUCGCAGCAGGCGUCGUGGAGGAUUUCCUCCCGCUGCAUCAGCCGCGGCUGCUGGCAGUGCUCCAGGCGAAAGCUCCCUGGUGGUCUGGAGGCUUCCAAAACUGUUUUUGUCGCAGACGCCAGACUGCUGCAAAAGGCGGCGCUUCGUCGCCACUGUGUCGUCCUCUCGCGGUCACGUCUGCCGCGUCCUACGACGUCCUGGUUGCUGCGUAUUUCGGUUAUCCAGCUGCGGCUUUCUCUCUCUUUGUCCGCUGGCUUCGUCGUCUCCUCGUCUUCCUUCUUUUGCUUUCCCUGGGGGAGAGAGUUCUCCGCUGGGCCGUUCCCUCGCUGUGGCCUCUGCUGACAGCCGCCGCAAGAGAGUCGACACCGCGCCCGGGCGCCUCAGAUGCAGCGGCUGCACUUUCUUCUGGUGCUGGGGGGGCGAGUGUCCGAGCUGCAUCGGCGGCGGCGCUGACGGUGGCAGAAGUGCUUCUUGGAGUGGUGGACGCGUCGAGGGCAGUUCGAGGCUUUAUCGGAAUUGCCGUUUGCCUCGUGCUGCUGUCCCAGCUCCGGCGCCUUUCAGCCAUUGUGAGCAGCGUGCGGGAAGAAGUGAACGGAUGGAAGGCCGAAACAGUAAAGUGCAUCCGAGAGGGAAAGGAGGGACAGGGGAACGUAUACGGCCAAGCCAGGGAACGGGACUGGAGAAUAAUGGGAGGCGCGACGGCGCUCCUGUCCAACGUGAGAGAUAUCCCUCAUGGCAUAGCGGCAGGAACGGUUCCAGUAAUCAGGGGGCUGGCGGAUGGCGGGAUUGAAACAAGGGAAAACGCAGACCCGGUCUUCUCUCCUCGAGCGAGCUCUCCGUUCUGGUCGACAACGAGUGCAACGCGGCUCGGACUGUACAUUUGCUUGCAUCUUGUUCUCGUCGCGUUGUGCCUUACCGGGCUCGACUUCUUCCUGCCUCCUGUUCCACUGGACAUCCCAGCGGUCGGAAUGGUGCUGAGACCCGUCCUCGUUCAAUUUCCUCUUCUGGGUUGGCGCUCCUUGCCGAGCUACCUGAGUUUUUCCAGCUGCGCGUGCCCGUCCCGCCCCAUGGUGGAUUCUGGUGUCGACUCCGUUUGUCUCUCUUCGGCUUUCCCUUCCGUUUCUGUUGCCCUGCCGUACACUGGUGCCGCGGGCUCUUCCGGCCGAUUCCAGGGGUCCAUCUAUGUGGCACAGAUUCUUUGCGGGCUUGUCGAGAAUGUCCCUCUUCUGCUGCUCGCACUGUUCUUCCUUUCUGUGGGCCGGUUGGUAGCCUGCUGGUCCUCCUGGAUGAGCAGGAAGCUAGUCGGCAUUCGUCACCCGUCGUCCGCCCCUUUGGGUGUCGAGACAGAGUCGAGCUACGAAAGGACAGACGAUGGAACCGAUCAUUCUGUCAGACAACCUGCAUGUCGGUCUCUCACUCCGCAGUUCCAGGCCUCCCUCCAUCCAUUCGCCUUUGGUCCAUUGUAUCGUCGAGCAUUUGUUCUUCUCCUUCUUCUUCCUCUCGCCGCAAUUCACGGCGUCCUUCUUCCCUUUCUUGUUCUCUCUCUCGUGGCGAUCCUCCUCCUCUCGAUCCGCGCCGACCACGAACAACUCUCCUCCCGCAGGAGCUUCAGUGGCAGCGGGAAAUCUUUUGCUGAUUUUCUGGAUCUUUGGGUGCCUAUCCUGGGUAGCCAGCUGACCCUUCUUCUCGCCGCAGUGGCCUCGUCCACCUUUUUCGCCGUCACUCUUUCCCACCCGCACGUCGCGGUGCGCGCGUCGGGAGAAACCGGCUCAGUCGGGGGGAUAGGCCAGAUCAACAGUCUUCGUGUCGCUGGGACGGAACGGGGAGCACAGGGAGAAGAACCGUUUUCUGGGUGGUCCUCCCAGGCUCUGCAGGCGACGAUUCUAGCCGUGCUUCUCUCCUUCGUCUCCUGGGCUGUCCCGUCAACCACUUCGAAGCUCAGGCUUGUUCUCGAGAUGGCUGAGCGUGAUUUGAGUGCGCACGAAUUCGGAUUUGCUGUGCAGCGCAACGAGGCGGAAGAAGUCACUCCCCUGACCUGCCGUGUGGUUGGCCUUCCAAGUGUUGUCGGGCCGGCGUCGCCUCCUCUUCCCUUCGUCACUCGAUGUCUCCGUUGUUUCUUCCCGUCUCUUCUUAUUCUCUCCCCUCCAACGACUCAACGGGGCGCACGAGGUGGCCGAAUACCCCCAAGCCUCUUCGAGGCAGCAGUGCUUCAGAAAAUGACUCUGACGGUCUUCGGUCUCGCUGCUCACGCGGAGAUCAAGGAAGAAGAAGACGCUCACGGAAAAACAGACGAGGCCGUGCCUCACGUCAACACCAGGCAGCUUUCGGCGGCGACUGAUCAGUACAUAGCGUCUCUUCCCCGCGGACCAGGAAGCACUGCCUUGACGACUGUGGCCCCACCGUCCUCAGCUCCUGAAACACCGCUAAGGGAACGCCCGGAAGAUAUCAAAAAGCGGGUCAACCAGUUCCUUGGUGAAUGGCUCUUCAACCGAAGCAAGUCCGAAAGUAUGAGCCCCCUGACCCAGCAUCUGGGCAUCCCCUGGGUAGUGCGCCAGGCCGUCGAGAAAUUUACGCCUCAGUUGACAUAUGACUACGAUGAAGACAAGAAUGAACUGAGCGUCGCCACGACUCUUACAGCUGGUCUCACAAAGACCAUCCACCUGAAUCUCAGCGGUCUGGGGGUGGAGCAGAGCGACGAGGACGCAGGAGGGGCGUGGAAGUCGUCGACGCGGCUGGAGGGGUCUGUCCUGAAGACAGUUCAGAGAAAUGAUGGCUUAAACGCAACUCUGUACGAAACGCGUCGUAUCGUCAACGACAGCGGCGAUCCGGAAGAUCAUACCAAAGACCAGUUGUGGUACACAGCUCAGCUCCACAAGGACAAUCUGGCUCAGGAUGUCAUCGUCAAUCGCUAUUUCGACCGUGUCAGCGGUCCCCCGCCCAUGGACGAGACGCACCUGCCCUCAUUGCCAGAAGAGAAAGUUGGAGGCGAGCAAGAACAUGGCACGGCGGGUAGCGUAGAAAAGCCGGGCAUUUCUACAGGAGGCUCCACCAGGUCGCCUGCAACUCCUGGAGGCGGAGAAGGCCUCGCUGACGGAGAAGAAGAUGGGAACCCGUUUCUGCAAAUGGGUGAACAGGCGGUCUCAGCCGUCAAAGACCUCGUUGACAGUGCCUUAGGACCGGAUCCGUCAGCAGCAGGGUGGUCUGUCAGUAAGGGAAAAGGUGGAAGCCGAAUUUUCCAAAGAGACGAUGAGGCAGAUCGAAAAUUGCCUGUUGUGGGAAUGGGAGUCAUCACCUUGAACAACGCUGGAAUAUCGCUGGAGACGGUCAUCGACUACCUUAAAGACCCAGAGAACAAGCUGCAGUUUGAUCCUCAGCUCCUGAAAGCUGUCAACUUGGACGAUUUGCCGUGUGGAGCACGUAUCGUAUAUCAUGCAUUCAAGGGCCAGUGGGGCUUCGCUGGCAGAGACUUCACGCUUCUCUGUUAUCAGAAAAAGAUCUCAGAGACGCGUAUAAUCCUUGGAUUGCGCUCCGUGGAUUACCCUCACGCGCCCGCCGCCGCUGAUCUGUGGCCAUCAGGAGCUGGAACAUUCGUUAGAGCUACCUUCCUAAAAGGUGGUUACGACUUGCAGUUUCUCUCAAAUGGAGCCAUCCAAAUCUCCUUUGUCACGCAGGCUGAUUUGAAGGCAGAUGCAGUACCGACUUGGAUCAACAAGCGUGUUAAGGCUGAACAGCUGAGCAUCGUCGCAUCUAUCAAGGAUCACAUUGAAAAGCGCUUUGGAUGA